AUGCAGGAACAAUUCGCGCCAUUGAAAAAUGACCUUUUGCUGAGGGCUGCAAGAGGUGAGAAGGUAAACCGCCCUCCCAUAUGGGUCAUGCGGCAAGCUGGACGCUACCUUCCCGAGUACCAUGAAGCCAAGGGGGCCCGCGAUUUUUUCGAAUGCUGCCGCGACCCGGAAGUCGCCUCGACGUUGACCAUUCAACCCAUAGAGCGAUAUGCAGGGCUUAUUGACGCCGCUAUUAUCUUCUCGGACAUCCUAGUUAUUCCUCAGGCAAUGGGAAUGGUCGUGGAAAUGGUUGACAAGAAAGGACCCCAUUUCCCAGAGCCGCUCAAGUCGCCGGACGAUGGACAAUACGAGAAAGUGAUGCAGAAGCAAGUUGAUGUCAAGUCAGAGUUGGACUACGUUUACAAGGCUAUUACGCUCACCCGCCACAAGUUACAAGGCCGUGUACCCCUCAUUGGCUUCUGCGGGGCUCCGUGGACCUUGCUCUGCUAUAUGGUUGAAGGUGGAGGAACCAAGCUGUUUGUCCAAUCGAAGACGUGGAUCUAUAGGUAUCCCAAGGAGUCACAGGCAUUGCUGCAGAAGAUUGCAGACAUCUGUGUAGAAUACCUUGCCCUUCAGGUAGCUGCGGGUGCGCAGUUGGUCCAAGUCUUUGACUCAUGGGCUGGUGAGCUGUCUCCAACCUCCUUCCAGUCCUUCUCACUCCCGUAUCUGCGAUAUAUCUCCGCAAACUUGCCUAAGAGGCUAAAGGAGAUGGGCCUGGAGCCGGUGCCGAUGACGGUUUUCGCCAAAGGAGCAUGGUAUGCUCUUGAGGACCUUUGUGAAUCGGGUUAUAACGUGGUUGGGCUGGACUGGCUGCAUGAUCCGGCUGAGGCUAUGCGGAUUGCAAAUGGCCGAGUGACAAUCCAGGGUAAUGCCGAUCCGGGUGUGCUCUACGGUGGCCGACUGGCUAUUCGCGAAGCUGUCGAAAACAUGGUAGAGGGAUUCCAGAAGGGCAAACAAGGAUGGAUUGCUAACUUGGGUCACGGUAUUACCCCUUUUGUUAACCCAGAUGAUCUGAAAUUCUUCUUUCAGGAGAUCCAUCGACAGAGUCUUAUGCAAGAGCUCGUUGAAAUGUGA